AUGCCCGACCUGGGCACCCCAUCGCGGAGCGACGAGACAUCGUACAGCGGUAGCGAGCGCGUGGUGUCCCCCCUAUCGACCAUCCCCAGCAAGACGAGCAGCGUCGGGGUUGCGCCGCGACGACGCGACAGCGACAGGUGGACGACACACAGGGGAGUGGAGAGGCCCCGGUUCGGCCACCAUGGGAUCAUCUGGGACGGCACGCUCGAGUCGCUCCCACCCGUAGACGCAGCAGACGGGCCUGCAAGUUCGAACUCUGGAAGUGUCCCACGGCCCAGCCUGACGAGCCGCCCGACGUGUCCCACGGGCAGUGGACUGUUUGCAAAGCUUCCGCGGCGAGGCCUGUCGUCGUCGCAACCGACCAGCUCGGGCGGGGCCGACGACGUCGGCGGCGAGGAUUCGGGCCCCGUGUCCGUCGUCGUGGUCGACAAUGACAUUGCCCUGCUCGCGCACGCCGCGAAAAAGUACACGUACGAGGACGAGAUGGGGGAGACGGGCGACGAGGGCAGUGUCGACUCGGACGUUCCUCCCGACGCAGACCCGGUCCUCUACAAUCCGCCAUCGAUCCCAUCCACCAAGAGGACACUGGCGAGAUGGAAGCAGGCGUGGAUACGGCACGUGUGGGAGCCGUUCUGCGACUUUUGCGAGCAGCGCUUUCCGGACCCGGAGAGGGAGACGGCGUUUCUCAAGGAGACAUGGCGCGUGGAGAAGAGGAGCGCAAUGGCCUGCGCCAUCUUUCUUGUCGGGUACUGGGUCAUGAGUUGUGCGCUUGUCACCGAGCGAUCCUUGUUCGACUACUAUGCGUAUGUGGGCAUCUGCGGCAUCAUCACGCUGCCGCUCCCGGUGCUCAUCGCCAUCAACGCUCCCCUCAAGCACCCUCGCCUGUACCAGCCCAUGCUGGUAGCAGCGGUCUGGGUUUGGGGGUACCUAAUUAUCAUCGAGAUGACCGGGUGCCAUUACUUUGGCGUCAACACGUGCACUCACAACCUGUAUUUUGCGCUCUUUGGCUGUGUCUUUGGGUUUCCGGCGCUCGCCAUCAUCCUCAUGCGCCAGAACCGCCUCCUCCACAUCCUUGCCGUCACGGCCUGGGUCAUCUUCAGUGUCGCCUUGUGUCUCUACAACGCCAGCGUGCCACUCCUUUUCUCCCGCAACUGGAUUGCCCUGUGGAUCUACCACGUCAUGCUCGCGAUCCAUGCGUACUAUCGCGAGCGCUCAGAACGCCAACUGUUUCUGCUCCGCCAGCAACUCAACGCCCAGUUCCGCUCCGUCCAGUGCGCGCAGGCGAUGGAACGCAAGGCGCAGCAGACCACCAAACGCUUCGUGUCGUACAUCUUUCACGAGGUGCGCGUGCCCCUGAACACGGCCCUGCUCGCCGUCCAGAACCUGGAGGGAGAGGGCGUGUUCAAGGACUGCGCCGCAGACGACGCUGAAAUGGUACACGGCCUCAACGCAAGCCUCAGUCUAAUGGAGCAAGUGCUCAACGACGUGCUGAGCUUUACGCGCAUGGAGAACGGCAACUUGAUCCAGGCGCGCAAGCCGUUCGACUUCCACAAGGCCAUCAACGUCGUCGCACUGUCGCACCGCGUGCAGGCCGAGGUGGCUGGUGUCGAGCUCGUGACCGAGCUGGAUCCAUGUAUCGACGCGCUGGGCGGGGUGUUUAUCGGCGACGACAUGCGGUUGCGUCAGAUCACCUCCAAUUUGGUGUCCAACGCGUUGAAGUUUACGCACCGCGGAAGCGUUCGGAUCGUCACCAAGCUGGUAUAUCCAAUAUCACAGGCUGCGCCGCCUGCACCUGCACCAUUUGGUUCUGAGCGGGAUCCGGAAAAGGGCUGCGUUGGGACCGAGAAACGGCGACACUCCGCUGGCAAUGGGGUUUCCUCGGAGAAGAAGCCGGACGGAUCCCACCAUCCCGACCGCCCAGCAGUGCUGCGCAUCGAGGUACACGACACCGGUGUUGGUUUGCGCGAGAGCGACGUCCAGGAUAACCGUCUGUUCUCGCCCUAUGUCCAGACGGAGAUUGGACGGCGGCAAGGCGGCAAGGGCUCCGGCCUGGGUCUCGCGUUGGUCAUGCAGAUUGUCAAGCUCAGCGGUGGAAGGCUGGGUGUCGACUCGGAGAUCAAGAAAGGGAGCGUGUUUUGGUUCGAGCUACCUUACCAAGUAUCGACAUUGCCGCUCGCUCGACAUGACAGCAUCACGCCGUCAUCACCAGUACAGAGCCUCACAGCCAAAAUGUGGCUCCCAGGCGUCUCUGAGAUGACCACCACGCCGGACGACACUGCAGGAGGCGAGGGCAAACAAGGGGAGACAGCGCCGCUCUCUGCGCUUGUAGUUGACGACGAUCCACUCACACGCAAGCUCAUGACACGCAUGAUCAAACGGCUGGGACACAAUGUCCGGACAGCCGAGAACGGCGUCGUGGCACUGAAGAUGAUCCGCGCCGCCAACGAGCACCCCAGUGACAAGAGUCUGCCGUUCGAUGUCGUCUUCCUGGACAACCAAAUGCCGGCCAUGUCGGGCGACGAGGUGGCGCGCGAAGUCCGCAACCUCGGUAUCCAGGUGUACAUUGUCGGGUGCACGGGCAACGCGCUGCGCGAGGACCAGGACGCGAACCAGUGGGCGCGUGUUGCGCGCGGCUGGACGGGAUACUACAAGACAGUCGCCGAGUGGACCGCCGCGUCGGAUGCGCUCAUCCCACCGGCAUACAAUCUGGCCUUCGGGGCGCUCCCGCCCGGUGUCAACCCGCCCCCUUUGGAUCAAGUGGGCCCAUUUGCGCGCGCGGCGCUCGACCAGUCCUUUCAUAAACUCGUCGAUGCCGCUGCAGCCUUCCCAAAGGAGACGCGCCGUGUGUUCGACCUUUCCUUGCUCACCGGUCUCCUGCCCGUCCCUCCUCCGCGCAAACCCUCUGCCCACAACCACCCAACAACCAUCCUCGCCCGCCGUGUCCCCACCUCCAAGGCCACCGUGUGCCCGCCUGCACCACGGAAAACGCGCAAGUCAGUGUCCGCCCGCUCGCACAAGUUGCUCCCAUCAAGCAGCGAGCGCCACCGCCGCACGCGCGAGGCCGCGGGAGUGUCAUCGCGGCUCGUCGCGGAUAUGGACCGACUGGAUAUCCACGGGUGA